AUGUCAUCACAAUGUGUUGAUGGACACCGAAAACCUCCAAAGUACCUCAAUGAAGGUACAAAGAAAGCAAUCAAGGCUGGCUUGCAUCGCGGUGUUACUUCUCCAAAGCAAGCCCAGCAUGAACAAGAAACUUUUCCAAAUACCACAAGCUAUGACAACAAGACCACUAGAAAACAAACAAUCGAUGAGCGAUGCACAAAAGGCGUCAGAAGCGAUCCAUCCGAGGAAUUCUUUGAUGACUUCGUUGAUUCAAGCUCUUUCGAUACUGAAAGAUCGAGUGUCAGGCUGGGAAGGAAAGAUUCCAAGAGAAGUUUUGCCAAAAAAAACGACAAUUUCAUGACUUUCUUCUCAGACGCUGAAUUUGCGACGUGGUCAGAAAGGUCUUCCGGCGUAUCCGACGAUAGUGAAGAGGGGACGUCAUACCAAGCUCUGGAGGAUAAUUUCGGAGUCCGCUUGGUGAAAACGCAAAGUUAUGCAAGAGCUGAACCAUGUUCCGGAUUUGCUGUCAGGAGUGGCUGGUCGAGCACAUUCUAUCCUCACGAAAUCGAAGAAAAAUCCCACGGUUGCUGA